GAUCGGAAAAUAAGUGGGGGACCAAGUGGGAGUGGCGGACGUCGUUUCUCCUGCAGGAAACACGCACCCUUUAUUUAUGUAUUUAUAUAUUUCUUGAUCUGUCUGGAUAAAAAAAAAAAAUACUGCAGUUUGUUGCGAUGAUGGCGGAGGCAGCGGGAGCUUCUUCAGAGAUGAUCACAGAGACCGUGCAGCAAGACACACACCCGCAACAGCACUCAGAGAGCCGCAGUCUGACCAUCAAGUUGAGAAAACGGAAAACGGACAAGAAGGUGGAGUGGUCGAGCGACACGGUGGACAACGAGCACCUGGGCCGACGGUCGUCCAAAUGCUGUUGUAUCUAUGAAAAGCGUCGCGAGUUUGGGGAGAGCUCGACGGAGAGCGAGGAUGAGGAGGAUGGCUGCGGCAACGCCCACUGCGUCCGGGGGCACCGCGGAAAACACGGCAACACGCAGCAAGCACCGACGCCCACACCGCAGCUAGCGCCAAGCCAGGGGGGCGAGCAUAGCCACGGGCAGCACUCUCACUGAGAGAGGGGAGAGGAGGAGGGGCAGUGUACUCACAGGAGGAAGAGGAGGGGCAGUGUACUCACAGGAGGAAGAGGAGGGGCAGUGUACUCACAGAGAGAAAGCGAGAGAGAGGAGGAGGAGGAGGAGGGGCAGGGUUUGGACAGAGAGAAGUCCACACACAGAGAUAGGAGAGAGUGGGGUCACACUCCCAAAACCACUGAGAGAACGAAGAGGAUCCUUCUGUACCAAAUCUGCAAGUCCAGACAGUUUCACAGAAUAACAAGGUGGUCAGGGCUUGUUGUUUAUUCCAUCAUACUCUUAUCUCCCAAAUCAGUUUCCUAUUACUUUCGGUCCUGCUGAGUUUUCACUUGCACAAGUGCAAAUAAGUGAUAGCAAUUUAGCAGUAUAGUUGCACAAUUUAACAGCGGCGUGGGGAUGAACGGCCUAAGGCAGUGGUUCUUUUUUGGAGCACAUUUGUAUAUUUCUCAUUUAAGUGCUUAUUGUUCCAAAAACGUAAGUGACAUAAACAUAGAGAUUUAACAAAGAUCAGGUUAGCAGCAUCCGAAAGCCUGGAGUCAGUAGCAGAUUGCAGUGACUAUAGUUCCCCUUGCCAAUACAUCAGUAUUGCAGUCCUCCAAAUUGUAUUUGCAGUCAUCACAGGCACAGAACACAUAAUCUUGUUUGUGGAGCACCCCCUCCUCCCCACACUGUGGUUUUUAACAUUAAACCUCUUGGGGACCACGUCGUUGAACCCCAAGUUUGACACUAGCACCCCAUUUUGAGUUUUUGCACCAGUUCCAUAUUCCAUAUCUAUCUAUCUAUCUAUCUAUCUAUCUAUCUAUCUAUCUAUCUAUCUAUA